AUGAAAUUUGGUGUUGGAAAUGUAACUAAAUAUCAGAACAAUUUAUUCAGGCUUGAUGCCUUCAAACGAACUCAGUUCACAAAAGAUAGUAUCGACUACAUAAUAAGAUAUGGUUUCGAUUGCUUUCAACAACGUUUACAUUUUGUGAUCAAGCUGUUAUCUCACUCAAUGUUUGCUUUUAAACAACAAAGUUAUUGA